CACCAUAAUAAAUGGAUGCAACCAAACGGAAUUCAGCAUAGACAUUCGAUGGAAGUAUAAUGCCCACAACAGGACAGGGUAUGAAACUUUCAACCCUUGCGUAAGGGACAUUGAGAAGUUUGGUAGAGACUCCGGGAAAGGGAGCUGCCUUGCGGCUUGCAGUACGCAGGAAACGCCGAGGUCACAAGGAGAGGCCCUGUACCAGAAUCAGCUUGAUGUGGGGAUACUUAAGGACCUACAGUCUUCAAAAUAGGAUAUUUCUCUUUAACUGAGGUGGAAUGUCUCAUUAGGUGUCCUGAUGUGUGUGCGGUGCUGUGUGUGGUAUUGUGGCCCCCCACCUCUGGAGUGGUCUGUCGCUGCCAUUUGGAUCCCGUGAUCCCGACCUCCCCCCUCUCCCCUUCCUCCUUUCCUUCUCCUCUCCCCCUCUCCCUACAUCCCUCUCCCCCCUCCCUCCCCCUUUCCCCCCCUCCCAAGCAACGCUGUGCUGGAAGUCAUGAGCAUAGUAAUCACGCUGGGAGUCACCACACCAGAGACAUCCUAUACAGAUAUGGCCGCCGGAUCAGAUCCUGAAUCAGUGGAAGCGAGCCCUGCCGUCAAUGAGAAGAGUUACUCCAACCAUAAUUGUGGCAGUGCACAGAGUCAUGGCUAUCGAGGGCUGCCCUACGCUAUGCAACAGUCUUCCGUUGUGUGUUGUCAGGAUCACAACUAUGGGGCUCCGCCUCCUCCCACACCUCCCGCCUCCCCACUCUCGCAGACCAUCAUCCCCCGCAUGGAGCUCAACGGCCUUGGCCACGCCCCUUUCCACCAUCACCAGGACAACUCCGCCCACAGCGACAGCUCGUCCGAGGAGGAGGAGGGCAGCGUGCCCAGCUGGUGCCAGUGCCGUCUGACGCAGGACAAUUUCCUAAUCAAGUGUGAAAACUGCAGGAGGAAGGGUCUUGAUGGACAGCGCAGGGGCACUGAAAAUGUCUCUGUGGGCGAGAGCAGCGGUACAGAGAGUGGGGAUGAGGAGGUGUCGACAGCGACAGUCUCAUACACGGCCACCCAGCACACACCCACCAGCAUCACCCUCACCGUCAACAGAGUCAAACCCAGCAAAGCCAAGAAGAGGAAGAAGAGCACAGACAAAACACGCACUGCACCCAAAGCCAAGAAGACCAAGGCUUUCAGAGAAGGUUCCAGAAAGUCCAUGAGGAUGAAGAACUGGACGACAGAGGCGAGCGCAUUGGACGAGAACACGCCCGAGGGCUGGGAGACUCGUAUUCGCCAGUGGACAGACCAGUAUGAGGAGGCCCUGGCCAACCAGUACAGUGCCGAUGUCCAGACCCUCCUCCAGCUCCACCGCUCCGCCAGCAAAACCUCUCCUGCCCCGGCAACUGUCGCCAUGGACACCAUCAACCGCACAGAGCUGGCCUGCAACAACACUGUGCUGGGCUCUCAGAUGCAGUUGCAGCUGGGCCGUGUGACACGUGUGCAGAAACACCGGAAGAUUCUGCGAGCAGCGCGGGAUCUUGAGCCUGAUACUCUUAUCAUUGAGUACAGAGGAAAAGUCAUGCUUAAACAGCAGUUUGAAGUGAAUGGACACUUCUUUAAAAAGCCCUACCCUUUCGUUCUCUUCUACUCCAAGUUUAACGAAGUGGAGAUGUGUGUGGAUGCACGGACGUUUGGCAAUGACGCACGCUUCAUCAGGAGGUCCUGCACUCCUAACGCUGAGGUGCGGCAUAUGAUAGCAGAUGGAAUGAUUCACCUGUGUAUCUACGCAGUCACUCAGAUAGCUAAAGACUCAGAGGUCACCAUUGGCUUUGACUACGAGUUCAACAGCUGUAAUUAUAAGGUGGACUGCGCGUGCCAUAAGGGAAACCAGAACUGUCCAGUGCAGAAACACAAUCUUACCCCCCCUGAGUCUCUGCUCCCACCCCCCCAGCCUCCUCUCCCUACUCUGCCUGGAGCAGAGACCAGGAGGAGGCGAGCCAGGCGGAGGGAGCUGGAGGGAGGCAGCCUCGUAGGAGGCGUGUCAGACGACAGCAACCAUCCUCCAGAUGAGCCUGGAGAGGCUCAGGGUGCCAGCGAUACAGAGGAGGGUCUGGCAGAUGGCGUGAAGCUAGAGGAGGGCGACGAGGAUCUGGACGAAAAUGGAUCUGUCAUUUCAAACAAACGGUCUCGGGAAGAUCGGAAGGCAGAGGCUAUCAUGCAUGUCUUUGAGAAUUUGGAGCGCAGGAGGAAGCGUGUGUCACAAAAUCAGGACAAGCCUGCACAAGGCGGAGCCGAGGACGUCAAACAGGAGAGUCCUGAACUUGAGGAGGGUGCCGCCUCCCCACCACCAGUGGGAAACCCCGCCUCAAACACAGGGGCUGGCGGAGGGGUUAGCACACGACGCACUUCGUACACCACAGAGUCCGCUGGUGUGGACUCUGAGAAGCCAGCUGCAGCGCCUGCGGCCCCUAAACCCCCUUCAGCUCGUUCCUCUAAACCGCGUCCGAAAAGCCGGAUCUCGCGGUACCGUUCCGGCUCUGCCCAGCGGGCGCGGCGGCAGCGGCAGGCUCUGGCACAGCAAGCGGCCGAGCAGGCGGUGGCUGCCGCAGAGGAGGGGGGCGCAGGCGCCUGCGGGGGCGAGCCGGGACAGGGCGAGGGGACAUGGGGCACGGGACAGCUCCAGGACAGCGAUGGGUUCGCAGGAUCGGCCUCCGCAGCGCUCGGCAGCAAAGCCAACGUCAGAUACCUGAAAACGAAAAAGUACCUGGUGACGGAGUGGUUGAGUGAUAAGAUCCCCGAGCGGGUGGAGGAGCCCGUGGAACGUCCUCUCCGCAUCACCACCGACCCCACGGUGCUGGCAACCACCCUCAACAUGCUCCCAGGCCUCUACCACUCCCCGCUCAUCUGCACCACCCCAAAACACUACAUCCGCUUCGGCUCCCCCUUCAACCCCGAGAAACGCAGACGCCCGCUCAACCUGGACUCCUCCUACGGCUCCUGUAAGAAGAGGUGGAUGAAGCAGGCCCAGGACGAGAGCAUGUUGUCCCUAACCACAGAGGACGGAUCUGCGUCCAACUCCUCACACCAAAAACUGACUGUGCCGUUAAAGAAGAGGAAAUCCAAAUAUGUGUGUGAGACGCCAGCCCCGACCUCUGACCUCUUGCUACGCCCUCUGUCACCCAUCACGCCGCCGCCCCCCUCAGAGCCCGUCACGUCGCUCCACCCACUGCUCACCUCCUCCUGCACCCCUUACUUGGGAGCAGAGGAGGAGAGACAGAAUGGCACAGCCCUCCCCUACUCCCCUCUCACCUCCCUGUCUGCCAGCCGCUGCAACACACCCCUACAGUUUGAGAACAUUUCAUCACCUGAGACCUCUCCUGUCCACAGACCUGAGUCUCUAUCCCCAGAGCCUUGCUUACGGCCAGACUUUGAUGUGCCGCGGGUCACAAACUUCCCAGACUUGUCCCUGACCUCCAGUCUGGAGAGCCCUGUUCCUGUGUCAGACGAUUUCCCUUUUGCUGCCUCUGACAGCCUGGGAGGCUCUGGCCGGGGAACCCCCCUCACCUCCACCUCCGUUCCCACCAUGGGUGACACUUCCCUGGGCUCGCGUUCAAGUGAGCCCCAGGCUCGAGAUCAGGCCUUCAGGACAGAGUUUAAUCUGAUCUACACCUGCUCACCCCUAAACGCCAACCUGUCUGCAGGGCCCGUGACUGACAGGUGCCUGUCCCAAUCAGAGGGCAGUUUUUCUCCAGCGGACUCCUACUUCAGCACCAUAAGUGGCCAGGGGGUGCUUGCAGAGGCAGGGCAUGACUCUCUGUCGCCCUAUCCAGAGCCACAUUUUGGGGGUGGAUACCCAGACAGUGGCACGCCCCCACACCCUAGCAACCCACCCCAGAAAAAGAAGGUCUCUCUACUGGAGUACAGGAAGAGGAAGCAGGGGGCCAGGGACCCUGAUCCAGGGGUAUCCCUGGGUACGCCCACGCGUUCCAGCUCCCUCUGCCCCAGUUUGGAGUCUCCUGGUGGACCACGUUCUGUGCUGCAGCCCCCUGCCUCUCCACACAGCUCCUUCUCCUCUCCAGCCCACCAGGCCUUCCCACAGUUGGAGGAGGUCAGCCCUCCAGACCUUAGCACCAGCACCACCACCCAGACACACACGGGACCCCAAGCACAAGACUCCAACCAGUGGAUGGUGCCUACAUCUGUUGAACGGUUGAGGGAGGGGCAGGGCGUUUUAGAGCGAGUGCUAAGGGGGAGUCUGAAGAUGGAUCGUGUCCUCAAAAGAUCGGAGGGCGGAGUUAGUGACCAUGGUAACAGCAGGGACAAAGAUUCUGAUGGAACAGAAGGAGACAGAUACGACAUCCACAGUGUGUCAUCGCCUAUGAGGAGUCCUCAAAGAUACAGCCCAUCUGUGCACACACACCAGGUGCAGCCUCUCUUGUCGGAACACCACCAGCAUUCUGAAAGCCCUGCCUACCAUCAGCAGAGCUCCUCCUCUCCGUUUCGCGCCUCCUUCACCCCCUCCCCAUCCUCCUCCUCCUCCGGCGGGCAAGGAUACUUUCCUGCUCGUCUGGCCUCACACACAACCUUACCCCAGGACUCCUCCUCUUCCUCUGCAUCCUCCUCAUCAGAUCCAGCUGCAGUCAGCACCUCCAGACAGACAGGGAGCGCUCUCCAUCCGCACGGCGGCAGCAACAGUGGCGGACCAGAUCCGUCACACCUCUACCCAAGCAGCCAUCUGAAAACCAGCCUGUUGAACAGCACCCUCACGGGGUCUCAAGUACCAGCCUCCAGGGGCCAAGGCCACCCCAAAACGGACAGUGGCGUUACCACGGGUAACCAGGCCUCUCAUGCCUCCAGACUGGCCCAGUCGCCCAUGGCACGGAGCCUGAGGCCGGGGAGCCCUGGGCAGGCCGUGCUUCAAGCAAAUCCCAGGCUCCUGUCAGCCUCUGGCGCACAGAGCUACCCACAACGAGGGGCAUCUCUCAGUCAUAUACAGCACCCCCCAAUCCAGGGCUCUGGGGUACGGACACAAUCUGGGACCUACUAGAGCCCUGUCAGUGUGUGUGUGUGUGUGUGUGUGUGUGUGUGUGUGUG